AUGACACCUCGACCUGAUUCGACUUUUGAUGCUUCCAGAGAUCAGGCAGUGGAUAUGGCUACAGGUAUGGACUACCUUGACUUCGGAUAUGUUUCGGGAUCGUGUCCUAUUAACAAAACGGGACAAAAUAAGGCAGCUUCCAGACUCAAGUGUGGCGUGGACAAAUUCGGGAAUAGUCAGUACCUCUGUGUUCCUAACUUCAAGAAGACAGCCAUUGUUGAGUACUGCUACAAAGGCACUGUUGGACUUCAAAAUCCAGGUACCUGUUUAGUAGUAAAUGAUGAAGGAAUAGUAGAUGACGUCAGCUGCCGUAGCUUCACAGAGGGCUGUACAACAACACACUUCAAGAGUUCUGAUCUUUAUAAGUAUCCAGCCUGUCAUCAAAUUAACAGAAGAGACCGGUGUUUUUAUGCGGAUCCGAAAUGUCCCAAAAUAGAUUCAGAGAUGACAACAAGAAACCGUAAAUUUAUGGUAACCAAUGCAACAAUGAACAACUCUGCAACAACACUUGAUUUUUCAAAUUCAUACGUAAUAACAGAAACUGGUCAAAUUCCUGCAGGAGCAAUAGCGGCCAUAACUAUAGCAUUGUUUUCGACACUUACUAUCCUUUUCUUUAUAUACAUGAUAUACUUGUAUAAGAAAAGAAAAGGACAAUCAUCAAUCUCAACCACAGAUAAAGAAAGUGUUCCUUUGGUAAAUUUGAGGGAAGAUAACUCCAAAGAUGAAGAACGAGAGAUGAUUCCUUUGGUAAACGAGAGGAAAGAUAUCUCCAAAGAUUCGGCUGCCGAAAAUGAACUCGUAAAAUUGUCCUUGGAAGGGGACAAGUUGUUUGCUGGUCAAGUUCAGGAAAUACCUCACAAGGCAUCAGAGAUGAUGCGUGAUGUACGAGAAACAUCUCAAGCCUAUGGCAUACAAAACAAUGAGUUCUUCACACUGACUGAUGACGAGGUUUUCGUGUUAUUCUGUUUUCUGUGUUCUGACUCCGGUCCUCCUGACUUCACUGACACAGAGUGGCUGGGCAUGCUUAAUCAGAUACGACAUGAAAUGUACCUGAACUAUAAUAAAGUAACACGUGAGGAAGCACAGCAGACUCUGGACAGACUGAAGUCACGUGAUUAUCUUUGGGAAGAUCAGGACAAGAUACCGGAGGACAUAAAGUAUAAGACAAUGUGUUGGAUUGCAUCAAUGGAUAGUCUUAAUAUAUUAUUCAAUUACAGUAGUUAUGACACAGGCAGUGUGUACCUGAGAUCAUGGAGAUACAACAAAAAACCUGAAGAAAAGUGUUUCUGUGGCCCUGGUUACUUACUGAUACGCCGUGUACAGAUGAACAUACUGACUCACGACACCAUGAACGACAUGGAUAUAUAUGAUGAUAUAUACAAGAUAUAUGAGUUCUUCACACUGACUGAUGACGAGGUUUUCGUGUUAUUCUGUUUUCUGUGUUCUGACUCCGGUCCUCCUGACUUCACUGACACAGAGUGGCUGGGCAUGCUUAAUCAGAUACGACAUGAAAUGUACCUGAACUAUAAUAAAGUAACACGUGAGGAAGCACAGCAGACUCUGGACAGACUGAAGUCACGUGAUUAUCUUUGGGAAGAUCAGGACAAGAUACCGGAGGACAUAAAGUAUAAGACAAUGUGUUGGAUUGCAUCAAUGGAUAGUCUUAAUAUAUUAUUCAAUUACAGUAGUUAUGACACAGCCAGUGUGUACCUGAGAUCAUGGAGAUACAACAAAAAACCUGAAGAAAAGUGUUUCUGUGGCCCUGGUUACUUACUGAUACGCCGUGUACAGAUGAACAUACUGACUCACGACACCAUGAACGACAUGGAUAUAUAUGAUGAUAUAUACAAGAUAUUGAAUGUUUCGAACCAAAUCCUGAAGGAGGGUGAAGAUAAAAGAAAGGAUUUUCUAUCGGAACUAAGCAAAGGGGACGAUGUACAUUACAGAGGAAGAUCCCAUGACAGUGUAGAUCACGUGACGUGGCUCUGGAGAUACAGGAGACCUGACAUCGUGAGAUCCUGUAUAGGUCUACAUCAACACAAUGAUAUUUACCUCAUCGACAACAAAGCUUACAGAAAACCAAGUAAAUACCACAAAUACAUACCGGAAGUCAGAAGUCUGCUGUACUGUUUGUUGUUGGUUGAUGAAUACACCUUGAAUACCAGGGAAGAUUCCUACAAGAACAUGCUUAACAAGCUCAGGGAUAAAUACUUUAAGGAGGAAGAAAUGUCAAAUGAAAUUAGUACAGCAGAUCUCCCAGAAGUAAUCAUGCAAAUAAAAGACAAUACAAUUACCUUUAAAUCAGACGACAUCCGACAUGACGUCAUGUACGCCUUUGUUACGGAGUGCUUGAUAACGGACAGUGAUCUGGAGUUCUUCCUAAACACAGCAUCGGGUCACGUGAUUACAGAAUACUGCCGGUACUGGUUGUAUGAGAGGAGUGAAGGAGAGAGAUGUCUGUAUAUACCGGACAAACCGAAUAUGUUGGACCCUGUUAUAGAAAGGCUACAACUAGACAUCAUCAAAUACUGCUCCAUAUCAGACAGGACGAUUCGUGACAAUAUCAUUAAUCGUUUAGGAGUCCCAGUAGAAAUACUACAGUGGGAUCAGGAGGCAAGAGAGCGAUAUGUAGAGUACGCUAAGAGAGGGACACAGACAGUCCACCACGCCCGGGGGAUGAUUGUAGGAUGUGCUGGGGCGGGGAAAACCACGAUGCUUAAACGUCUGCUUGGUUGUAGUGAAGAAGAGAUAAAGAAAAUAAAAUCUACCGAGGGAUUGGAGGUGCAUGAGGAAAUAUUCAAGAUUUGUGACAAAACAAACACACUGGAAGCAAUCAAAUUGAAUGUCAAUGAGAAGGUUGGGAAAGGAAGUUUCAGCUGGAGUGAAAAUACUAAAACGUUGACAAUAUUUGACUUUGGAGGCCAGUGUGCGUACUACGCCUGUCACCAGAUUUACCUGACAAGGAGAGCUUUCUAUGUUGUGGUGGUGGACGCCUCUAAACGUCUUGACCAGAAGGUGGAUGAUGAAGUUUGUGAUCAAGAUGGUAGCGUCUUCUCUGGUUGGACCUAUGGAGAUUACUUUGUUUUUUGGUUGAAGUCUAUUCACACAUACUGUUGUGCCGAGGACGAAAAUCAGAAUCCGAUAGUUCUUACUGUAGCCACCCAUUGGGAAAACAGAAUUGAUGAAUAUAAGGACGUAAAUGCUUUUAUGGAUCAUCUGCUUAACCAGCUUCCCAAAAAUUGUCCUUACCUGCCACAAUACAUCACAGAGAAAAACUUUUUUGCUAUUCAGUUUCAUGUCCCUAUUGAUGAUUUAGCAAAACGGAUUGCAAGUAUUGCAGCCUUUACAAAAUGGGAAGAAAAAAUAUCGAAAGAAUGGGCCAUAUUUGGAAUUCAUCUACGCCAGAAGAAAGAGAAAAAAAUUAUUGUAACAAACAAAAUCAAUGUUUAUGAUAAGGAAAAUAACAAAACUAUUAGAAUAGAGGAUAUGCUAAGAUUUUAUCACGAUUCUGGUAAAGUUUUGUAUUUUAAUGAGCCAGAACUUAACGAUUUCGUAAUAAUUGAUGUCCAGUGGUUUGUCGACGCAUUUAAAAAUAUAAUCACCGAUAAGCUGCAUCUUCAAGGUAUUACUACACCUGUACACGAUUGGGAGGAAUAUUACAAUACUGGGAAUUUAAAAGACACACUUCUUACCGAUAUCUGGAAAGUUUACGAGAGAUUUGAGGCAGUACGUCAUAAAUAUAUAGUCUUGCAUUUUAUGAAAAGACUUGGUUUGGUAGCUCUUGGGGAGGGAUCUCACUACGUUCCAUGCAUGAAUCGCAAAGAAAUGAACCGAGAUACUAAGGACAUAAUCCUGCAGUCAGGAAGCAGAUCAUCAGUAGUUCUAUAUCGAUUCGAAAUUUUGCCUUUCUUCUUCUUUUUCCGCCUUGUCGUUGCAUGUAUGCAAGAAAAGGGCUGAAAGUCCGCAAAACUAAUGAAAUUUCGCAUUUAUACAGAAAUGUUGCCUUGUUUGCUUUUGAACUGUACUAUGUCAUCCUUUCUGUCACUACAGAUUCUAUACAGCUUCAGGUUCUUCAUGCCCAAGGACAGUCACUGGAUGUGGAAAAAACGCAUCAGAUCCAAAGAACCGUAGAAAAACAUCUUAAUGCUAUUACAGGAACUUUUCACAAGAAGUUAAUGUUUGUUCGAGGCAUUAGAUGUCAGGAGGACAAAGCCACUCCAUUUGCAAUGGAAAUUCAAGGCUAUUUUUUGGAAGAAAAGGACAUACCAUCAGAAGAUAAAGAUCAAAUUUGUCCUCUACAUCGAUUUAAAAACUGCCAUGAAAUCAACACACAUGAAUUACAAAAAUAUUGGGUAUUUUAAAGACAGUACGAUACGUGAUUUGAACGUAUCAUCGUAGCUUUAAACAACAAUAACAUUUAGUGAAAAGAAAAAAAAAGGUUUUCAUUCAGAUAAUAAUGUAUUUUCUAUACAUUUUUGAUCGAAAUAUAAUGAGAGAUAUGGAAUUUAUGAUACAUGUUUAUAGAUUCUUAUAUAGUGGAGACUCAGAAAAAGAAAUAUCCCGUAUAUCAGUUUUGUGAAGAA